AUGAAGAGGGUCAAGAGGAAGGAGAGGAAACAACGUCGUACGUUGAAAGAAGAUGAAAACGAUCCGUUUUCGAUUAUUCCUCUGGAUGUAAUCGUAGAGAUUCUCCUGAAAGUCCCGACCAAAUCUGUAGCUAGUCUUGCCUUGGUUUCAAAACAAUGGUUAUCCAUAAUCAGCGGCAAAUAUUUUAUCAGUCAGUACCUGCAGGCUCGAUCUUCAUCUCGGCUUCUUUUCACAGUCUUCAGCCCCUUUGAGGAAGGGCAGUUCUUGCAUUCAUGUUCCCAGGUUGAUCCAUCUUCUGACCAUCAUACGGUAAACAUAACUCCAGAUAAGAAGCAUGUGCAUGAUUUUUCUCCACCAAUCCGCGGCUUGAUCUGCCGUCAAAGGGAAUCUAGAGUGACCAUAGGAAACCCUACCACGGGCCAAUUCUUAACGUUGCCUAGACUCAAAACUAGAAGAAGAGGUGUGUUAUCCUUUUUUGGGUAUGAUCCAGUGAAUGAUGUAUACAAAGUGUUGUGCAUGACAGUACUACAAGGUCGUCAGAAACGAGGAUCACAUUCACGAGUUGUGUCUGAGGAGCAUCAAGUGUACACUCUUGGAGAAGGUCAACGAAAAUGGAGAAUGGUUGAAUGUAAGCAUCCACAUCUUCCUCCUACUCCUUGUGUUUAUACUAAAGGGAUAUGCAUAAAUGGGGUACUGUAUUAUUAUGCUUGGAUACAAAAUAAAGGAGCCUUGAUAAGCUUUAAUCUGAUAUCUGAAGAGUUUAAUGUCAUUAAGUUACCUGAGGAUAUCCAUCGUCUAGUGAACUACACUGGAAAAGUAGCUAUAACAAGUUGUCUUACCGCUAACGGUGAAGUUCACUUGUGGGUUCUAGAAGAUGCCAGUAAGCAAGAAUGGUCUAAAGUUUCAAUUGUUGUUCCUAUUUGGAGGGAAUUAGUUGAAAAAAACCAUGUAUUCAGUUUCAGGGGUACAGUUAGUACAGGUGAGCUUGUAUUCUCACCUUUCUACACCAAUACGGACAGGCCGUUCUUUUUCAUCCGUUACAAUCUCAAGGAAAACAAAGUCCAAAAAGUUGUGGUUAGCGAAUUUGGAGGUCUCUGUCGUUAUUACAAACAACUCUAUUUUGAUCAUGUGGAGAGUCCUAUGUUCUGUCAGAUGUAA